ACCAGAUUUCAUUUUUGUACGUUCUUUCUUCCUGAUCUGCCUCCGCAUUCACAAGCAAAACAACUCCAAAAAAAUCAUUUCCAAUCAAAAGCAAGAAAAAGAUGAAAGGUUCUGAGAGAAAAGUCUCUUUCUCGUCUCCUCCUAUCAAAUCAUAUGCUUCUCCCAAUGGUUCGGAUGAGAAUGAUAGAAGCAAUCAGCAAAUGGGUUUGAAUCUGCAAACACAGAAGAAGCAAGCUGGGAAGACUUUCAUGUCACCCACCAUUUGUGCAGCUUCAAAGGUCAGUUUCCCAAGAAAGAAAGUCUUAGCUGAAAGAAAUGAAUCUCUAGGAUCCAAUUCCUCCAAUACCCAUUUCUCCAAAUCCCCUUGUCUUGAUUCUAAGCCCUCCCCAAAGAUCAUUUCUAAAGCUUGCCAGAAGAAUUCCCCAAAUCUUGAUCAUAAAGUCGCUUCUAAAGACCCUUCCUCUCACAACACACCCUUAUCUUACAAUUCCAGAGAUGGGACACCCUCACCAGGUCCUUAUGACCCAUUAAACAAUUACCUUUCCCCAAGGCCUCAAUUCCUAAGGUAUAAUCCUAGCAGGCGAAAGGAGAUCUUUUUACGCCUUGAAAUGGAGGGAAAGGAAGGAGAUGGUGGAGCUGAUACUGUAUCUAGUGACAAUUCUUCUUUGGCCUCUUCUCCUUCACAAGAAGAUGAAGAAAUCGGUGACGAAUACGAGAGUCUUUUGGAGCAAGAAGAUGAAGAAUCUGACACUGAAUGCGAAGAAGAGGCAGAGGAGGAAGUAGCAUGGAGUUUGAGAGGAGUGUUGAAAUAUUUCCUUUUGUCGGUUGUGUUAUUACUAAGUACAUCAUAUAUUUCCUCCAUGAAUUCCCCCGUCUCUGCACCAGCUUUUGAGUCCCCAAUACUUGGUUUUCAUAAUCUCUCCUUUGGAAUAGGUGAGGGUUUUGAGGUUGGAUACAAGUUCUUGGAUGGAAAACAGGAGCAUUUGGGUUUACUGAGCUUUACCCAAGCUAUUGCGGAUGAGGUAAUUGAGGAAGAGAUGACAGAAAAUGCUAGCAUGGGACACAUUGUUAAUGUUAGUUUGGAGCUAGAGGAUAGAAUUGUUGAAGCUGAAGAGAUGGUUGAAGAAGAAAACAAAAAGGCAUGUGAAGAAGAACUGAUUAUGAUGGAAGAAGCUUCUGAGGAACUUGCUGAGAAUAUUGAAUUGCAGGAGAUAGAAGAAACUGGGGAGCAGAUUGAAGAUGUAAAGGAAGAUGGUGAAACACAUGAUGUUAUUGUAGAGGAAUUGGUGGAAACAGGAGAAGUUUUUGAUGAGAUGGUAAGGGAUAUUGAGCAGCAGGAGCAGCAAACUGCUGAAGUGGUUGUAUUCUUACAGGGUGAUCAUCAAGCAAGUCUGUUGUCUGAAGGAACAGAUUCUUCAGAGGAGAUAAGGGUGGUUCCAAAGGAAACCAGUGACAUGGUUCAAUCCCAAAUUAUGCGAUUCAGGAAUGCAGUCAGUGUGCUGGAGAAGUGGAGCGAAUCCCUUGCUCUAAAUCUUCAGGAAGUGAAUCCACUGAAAGGGCUCAACCAGCGCAUGGGGACUGAAGUAUUUCUCAAAGUUGCGUUUGGGGUUUUAACAAUUUCUGCCAUUGUUGCAUCCUUUGCAUUGGGAUCCAACAUUAGGCGAAAGGGAACUGCAGCCUCAAAGCAAUCAUCUCUGGUGGAUAAGCAAUCAACCCAACCAGCAGUGAAGGAAAAGCCAAGUUUGCCGCUUCCAGUUGAAAGAGAGGAGCCAAAAGAGCUUGCCAUUCCCAACACCAUGCCUUUGAUUACCUCGGCGGUGGAGAGCGGAGCACCUUCAGUUGAGUUGCUGGCUGAAUUCGAGGUCGGCGUAAUAAGUAGAUCACUUAAGAGUUCUGCUAUAAGCAGCAGAAUGAAUGAUGAAGUGAGUAGCAGCCAUUCUUAUUCUUCAGAGAAGGAUUUGGGGAACAAGGAUCAUCAACAAGGUUUCUCAGAGAUGUCUGCUGUGAACUCCACUUCAUCUGAAAGAUCCACUUCAUCUGAAAGAUCCACUGCCAAGAAGAAACAUUUAGGGAAAGAGUUGGGAAGCAAUGACUCGGCAGGAGCGAAGGGAGAAGGGAGGAAUAAGGAGGUGACAACUCCACUGAGGCGAUCAGCCAGAAUCCGAAAUCGUGCAGACAUUGUAUCCCCAUGAAGGCGAGAGUGAAGAGUAUAAUUUGAAUAUUUUUGGGCAUUAUCAGAAACAGCAUCUCUGUUGUUUCAUGUUCCAGAAAAGUAAUGUAACGAAGGUAGAAUUAGAAAUUGUUCUACUCUAAUCUUGUAGGAAAUGAUCAUUAUAAAGGCUGACAUAUUGUUGGUCACUUCCAAUUUUAUGUUAACAAUCAGUUUAUCA